AUGAAUCCCCCCUACUGGAAAGAUUCUGAGGAUAUUGAGUCGUCCUUCCGACCACCUACAGGUGACCACUCCUUCCGCACGUCCGAAAAUGACUUUGUUGUGUCCCAUGUUCCUCAGCCCCCUAGGAACUCCUCGGAGCCUUCUUCUGAUCAGCAUCCACAACCUCCAUUGCCUUCUCCGCUGACACAUAUUUCUACGUCUCCUUCACAACAUACUGCUUCUACGGAUGUCCGUUCUACUGUUUCCGUGAGUGCAUUGACGCCAGGAUUGAAUCCUCCACGACUUGUGGAGAGGAACCAUUUGGAGAGCUCCCCCGAAGGAUCCAGCGUGGAUGAAUCGAUUGCUGGAACUCGGAAGAAGGUUUCGGGCACGAAACGUGCAGUUCAGAAUAGAAACGCCCAAAGGGCUUUCCGUCAGAGAAAGGAGAAGUAUAUGAAAGAGUUGGAGGCUAGAGUGGCCGAGAUGCUGCUGUUGCAUAAGAAGAUCGACGACUUGCAACGUGAAAACAGAGAGCUACGGGACUAUACUAUGGCACUUCAGAGCGAGCUCUUAAAGCUAACUCACAACAUGAACAAUGAGCACAAGGGAUGA